CAAACAGCGCGAACAAAUGUAUUGUCGGUAAUUCAGGAUGGCAAUCGUCUAAUGGUGCAUGUUACGUUGUUAUACACGUACUGUGUAAUUAUUGAUUAUUAAUGAUGUUUUCUCGAUUUUGUAACUUGUGUCACAAAACUACGAAUGUUCAAUUUGUAAAAUUGCAAAGGUGCUAUAGAAAAGGAAGCUCUAAUAAUAAAAAGAAAAGAAAUGUAUCUUGCACUAAUUUACCAGAAAAAGCAAAAAAAGGAACCGCUAUAAUUAUCUGCAAGAAGAAGGAAUUAAACUUUUAUGAAGGACAAAUAUACUCUAAGUUUGAGCCUAUACCAUUGGCUGCCAAAGGAUGGCAUCACUAUAAGUCUAAAGGAGAUUACUUCUUCAUACAUCCUCUUGUAAACGUUGAGCAAGAAGCAUAUGUUGAAUCGGACGAAAUAGAAUCUUUUAACAAUUUUGGUUUAGAUCAACAACUAAUAAAUGUUUUAGAAAGAUAUAGUAUCACAAGGCCUCUAAAGAUACAAAUAGAUGGAAUACCUAAAAUAAUGAAUGGUUCUAAUACUGUCAUAACUGCAGAAACUGGAUGUGGGAAAACACUGUCUUAUUUAAUACCUAUGAUAAAUAAGAUUUUAACAUGGAAAACAUUAAAGAAUAGACCGUACAAUAGUCCAUUGGGAUUGAUUGUAACACCUACUCGAGAAUUAGCAUUUCAAAUUGGGUUAGAAGCAGAAAAAAUAUGUCAAUAUCUUGGUAUCAGAACGAAGACAUUUACUGGUGGGAAGACAAAAAAGAUUCUAUUAGAUCCUCCUUUAGGACAUGUUGACAUCAUUGUAGCUAGUUUUGGAGUUAUUAGUAAGUUAACGACAAACGAUAUUUACAAAUUAGACAUGGUCAGAUAUAUUGUACUGGAUGAAGCAGAUUCAUUAUUUGAUGAAACAUUUGAAGACAAGUUGCAAGUGUUCUUAAGAAGAAUACCAAUCGGCUUUGUGCAAAAUUUAAAUAAUACUGAAUUUCCGAAUGCUGCCCAAUUAACAGUAACGUCUGCAACUAUGCCUUCUAGGAUGUCAGAGGUUCUGGAGAAUAUUGUAAAUAUAGAUUCGUUAAUACAGGUGAAAUCAGACAAACUGCAUCACAUUCUCGUGCCACAAAAAUUUAUGAGGAUAGGCCCAAGUGAUAAACCAAUAGAACUUUUAAAAUAUAUCAAGCCAAAGGUAGCGAAUAAAGAACCGGUGAUCAUAUUCAGCAACAACAGUGCCACAUGUAAUUGGGUCAGUAUGUUCCUGAACAACAGUUACAUAAAAACUGUUCAUUUGAGCGGCACCAUGCCGAUGUAUAUGAGAAAUGGCAUGUACGCCAACUUCAAGAGUGGUAGAUGCAAUGUGUUGUGCACUACAAACGCGGGCUCGCGGGGUUUAGACACAGUGGCGGUACGCCAUGUGUUGAAUUACGAAUUUCCGCUCAGUACCACCGACUAUAUUCACAGAUGCGGUAGAACCGGAAGAGUCGGUAGUGUUAAAGACUGCAGAGUGACCAAUUUCGUAAGCACUUUGGCGGAAAUCGGCCUGGUGCGAAAGAUAGAGAGGGCAACACGGAAAAUGAAACCGAUACCGAUCUGCGAUAUUUACGGAACGCAGGAAGACAACGAAGAACCACUUAAAUUACAGAACGUUGACGAUAAAGAACAGGCAAAUGUUAACAAGGAGUUCAGCAUACCGUACUGAGAUGUAUCAUAUGAGUGUUAUAUAAAUAAAACUUCUCUACUCGUUUAA